CUCAGCGGGUGCAGGCGCCAUUUUAAUUUUCGGGAGGGAGCCCUGACCGUGGCACUGCGGUGGUGAGGUAACAUCAAAUCCAUCAGCAGUAUCUGGGAUGAAGAGUAUGAACACGAGAUUCUGCAGAUGGUAGAAAUACAGAACAAUGCAUGCAAACUGCUGGAGGUAUAAAACAGUCAAUGUUUCUUCCCCUCCAUAGAGGAUGCCAGACCUACUGAGUUUCUCCAGCAUUUUGUGCCUGUUGUUUUACAAAGUAUAAAUCCAUUCCCAAAAACUGCAAUGGUAGAUUUCACAGACCAAAAACCAUUCAGCAUGCUCCCUGAAGAGAGUGGCAGUACAAGUGAAGCAGAUAGCAGUUUGAAGGAAACAAAACCUUCAGAUAUAACAGAGGAGUGUCCAUCCGGAGUUUCUCUGCAUCUAUGGAAAAAAUUUCAGGAAUUGAAAGAAAAAAGGAGUGCUGCAGCUCAGCUUUCCUUAAAAAAGAGGGUGAGACGAAAACGAAAAGCUUCUGCUGCAGAAGGCCUGAUAAAUGUAGGAAGGAAUAACGAGGAGACUUUCAUCGAAAUGCAGAAAUCCAUGCAAGAGCAGAAAACUGAGACUGAAAGUGAUCUGGCCUUGAGGAAGGCCCACUGGGGUGAACUAAGGCAAUAUUUUGGAGCAAAUGAUAGAUUUAAGUCUCCUGCAUGCAACACAUCUCAUUCAAAGACAAAUCUAGAAAAAAACCUUGACAAGGCCAUUGCUGCAGGGGACAUAGAUGAAGCAGAGCGGUUGAGUGACAACCUUGCUCUUCGUAAGCUGGGUGUGCAAAUAGCAAAAGCUGUUGAUUGUCGUGAUUUUGCCAAAGCCAAACAAGAGGCUGAAGCUUCUCAACAGGCUCAAAAGAAGAAGCAGCUUGCAUGGGGAUUUGAAGCUAAGAAAAGAUGGGAGACAAAAAGCAACAUGGGCUAUAUGUGAUGUUUGACACGGGAUGGAAAUUAAGUGAGCACUGAGAUGUGAAACACUUGACCUGCACUUGCACUCUCAAUCCAAUCUCAAGAGAGUCAUCUGGAAGCACUUUACAGGAAUAUAACAACCAUUGUGCCCUGCUGCUUCCAUGACUGCACAUUUCUGAUUGAGAAUGAGUUAACCUUUAAGUGUUUAAAAUCUGAACAUGGUCAAGGAGCUUGAAAGAAGAUUUCCCCAUUUCAUAAAUAACCCCCAGCAAGCCCAGUAAUAUUCUCUGGUGACAUAGUUUCGUGAUGUGAACAAUAAUGCAGUAGGUGUUUCUGUCUAUCCCACUACCUCAUUCAAUGUAAGUGCUAUUUACAAACAGAAGACUGCAUUUUCAAGCCACCAUGAGAUAAAAUCUUUGCCCAUGUCUGUUGAAAUAACAAUACAGUCCCUGUACUGCUAUGUUGUUCUACCAAUGGAGAAAAAAAAACUGCUUUGCAUUCCUCAAGAACUCUUUAUUCCUAUCAGUCACUGGAACAAAAGGUUUGCAGAAGAUUGUUGUGGAAUAAAAUAUCCAAUCAUUUGAUUAUAACAUUAAGAAUGGAUAAUGUUUUUCUCAUAAAGCAGUCACUGCAUUUCGCUCUGGAUGAUAUGUUUGUACAUCUCAUGUGUAUUAUUUCCGCUUACAGAUUGACAAAAACUUUAUACUUCCUCCUGUCAUAAACAUGUUUUGUCAAUUUGAUGUCCUUCUCACCAUUCGACUCUUUUCUGUGGAUAAAUUGAAAGGAGGAGUUUGUGUGUGUGUGUCUUGGGAGGUGGGGGAGGAGGAAAGGGAUUACUGUAUAUCAUGUAUCAACUUUACUAAAAAAAAGCUAAUUGUCUAACGCAUAAUAUUAAGUAGUUUAUUGAUUCUGAGUGGGAAAUUCGUUACAACAGCAACAUUUAAAAACACACUUAGCAGUGUGUAGACUUAACUAAUAAUAAAAAGCAGAAUAAUAAUAUACACAAUAAUGUACCAAUGUGCAAUAAUAAUGUACAAAAUAAUAAAGCAGAGACUAUUGUA